AUGGCAUCGGUUGGUAAAGAGAUCUCGACACGCAAGUGUCCUCUCUGCAAGUUCACUACUGCUGACCAACAGCAGCUGGAGUCACACAUGUUCACACAUGUCAACACCAACCUCAUGGUUUGCGAAAAGUGCGGAUACAGAGCACUGAACAAUAGCACGAUGGCAAAGCACAUGAGGACUCACACUGGUGAGAGACCACCUCGGACUGCGACGGACAGUUUAAAACUCGUUGUGGUUACCUUGAGGUGUCCCAUCUGCCACUAUGCCACAACAAACAAAAAGCUGCUUGAAUCCCACAUGUUCACACACACGUAUCCAAUUAUUUGUGAACAUUGUGGCUUCGAGGCGCUUUGCGAAAGCACGAUGGAAAAACAUAUAAUGACUCACAUUGGUGAGGAACCAUUUGUGGAAGCGGCCAGCAAUGAGCCUAGUAGUAGUACAGAGAUGUCCCAACACAGUUGUUCCCUAUGUGAAUUCACCACAACAGACCAAGAAGAGCUGGAGUCCCAUAGGGCCAUACACGUGACUUACACAGGUGAGCCCUUCAUGUGUGGGGAGUGCAUGUACCGGACAGACUGCAUGCACUCACUGCAGAUGCACAUGAACACUCAUAUAAACGAGGGGUGCGAACCUGCGUGUGAGCACAGUCAGAACGAGCCCAGCCAAGAGAACAUGGCCUCCAAUAGCGACUCCUCUUGGGACAACGUGGCCACCAACACUGAGCCUUGCCAACACAAGAUCGUUGUCAAAAGUGAGCCCAGUCAACACAACAUGGCCACCAACAGUGAGCCUCAGCCAGACAAGAUGGCCAUCAAAAGUGAGCCCACUGAAGUCAACAUGGCCACCUACAGUGGGCCAAGUCAGGAUGACAUGGCCAUCAAAAGUGAGCCCAGUCAGGACAAUCUUAUGGAAACCCACACAGAUGAUGUUUGUGAGCACUCCAACCACAGUGAGCAGUACAAUAGUGAAGUGAAUGUUGUGACUUUGAAACCUUUCAAAUGUGAAGAAUGCGACUUCAGCACUUAUGUCGAACAUGGACUGAGGAAACAUAUGUGUGGCUACAACGCGGCCGACAAGAGACGCCUCGCAAAACACAUGAAGAUCCACACAGGCGGGACUUUCGCUUGCGAAAAAUGCGAGUACACCACGACUCUUCCGGGUGACUUCAACCAGCAUCUUAGGACCCACAGAAAUGUGAAAUCACUUAAGUGCAAGGAAUGUGGUUUUAAGACGUCGCAGGAGGGCGCAUUGGCGAGGCACAUGAGGAUUCACGACGGCGAGAAGUGCCGUGGUGUCAAGCCGUACCCCUGCCCCGAAUGUGGCUACCGAACAACUAACAAGACAGACUUGGAUAGCCACUUGAAGACUCAUGCAGCAGAGAAACCCCUGUUUAUGUGUGGAUUGUGUGGCUUAAAAAUACCCAAUAAGGGUGCAAUGGCCAGACAUAUGAAGAUCCAUGUGUGA